UGGGACGCGGGCGCGCGGAGGUGGGGGCUGCAGCGCUGGCCGCGGGGUGGGCGAGCGGCCGACAUGGUCCAUUCCGGGAGACUCGCGCUUCCCUUGGCCGCGCUCGGGCUGUUGCUGUGCUGCCCUCCUCGGACGCUGGGGCGGCGGAGCGACGUGCGCGUCAUCACCGAGGAGAACUGGAGAGACUUGUUGGAAGGAGAGUGGAUGCUGGAAUUUUACGCUCCAUGGUGUCCUGCUUGUCAGAAUCUUCAACCAGAAUGGGAAAGUUUUGCUGAAUGGGGAGAAGAUCUUGAGGUCAAUGUUGCAAAAGUAGACGUCACAGAUCAGACAGGAUUGAGUGGACGAUUUAUCAUAACUGCUCUUCCUACUAUUUAUCAUUGUAAAGAUGGUCAUUUUAGACGCUACCAGGGCCCAAGGACGAAGAAGGACUUCAUAAAUUUUAUAAGUGAAAAAGAGUGGAAGAAUAUUGAACCUGUUUCAGCAUGGUUUGGUCCAGGUUCUGUUCUGAUGAGUAGCAUGUCAGCACUCUUUCAGCUGUCUAUGUGGAUCAGGACUUGUCACAAUUAUUUUACUGAAGACCUUGGAUUACCAGUUUGGGGAUCAUACACAGUUUUUGCUCUAGCAACUCUGUUUUCAGGGCUACUGCUAGGACUUUGUAUGAUAUUUGUGGCAGAUUGCCUUUGUCCUUCAAAAAGACGUAGACCCCAGCCAUACCCUUCCAAAAAAUUAUCAGAAUCAUCUCUACCGUUGAAAAAAGUAGAGGAGGAACAAGAGGCUGAUGAAGAAGAUGCUUCAGAAGAGGAAGCUGAAAAGAAAGGAACACACACAGACUUGUCACAGAGUGCCCUCCGACAGCGUCCUGUGGGCCCGUCACUGGCCUCAGAUAAAUCCUAGUUCACUUUUAUAAAUUCUUAAUAUGAUCUUGACAAAACAGAAGAAUGAGCUUUUCCUUUGGUUUGAAAUUAACUGUGACUUGCUUGCAGGAUUCAGUCUUGAUUGUCAUUAGAUUGAACUGUUUGCUUUCAGAAAGUAAAGUACCUAAGAACUUGGAAAGUCGUAUUUAAGAACAAAAUGAUGGUUUAUAGAAUUCUUUGAAUUUUUUGAUGAGCUUUUGGAAAUAUCUGGUGCCAAGCAAUAAGAUUUGUGUGUUUAGUAAUAAUAACCUUUCAAGUCUGAGUUUAAAAAUUACAUUUCCCAAGUAUUACAUUAUUGAGGUAUUUAAGGAGAUUAGAGAAAACAAUUUCUCAUCUGAUAUAAUUUUUCUCAGUUUCACUGUGUGAAAAAAGAACAUUUCCCAUUAAUGGGAACUUUGCCCCUUGUCUCAAGAAAUGCAUAUAUCAGUGACAACUCUAUGCUCUUUUUAAAAGAUAGACAAAAUUUUUUGUAUUUUUAGGUUAUGCAACUAAUAAAAAUAAUGUUUAAUUUUCUACACAUAAUUUGUGCUCCCCUAUAGGAACUGCUACUGAUUUAAGGAGGUUUUUUUUUUCCCUCUUAAUCCACUGUAUUGUCUUGAUUCCUACACAGAUUGCUUGCCUUUCUGUUCCUCUUUGUUCAGUGUAUGGUAUGUACUUUUCUUUUUCUUUUCUUCUUUUGGUUUUUGUUUUUUGGGUCACACCUGGUGAUGCUCAGGGGUUACUCCUGGCUCUGCACUCAGGAAUCAGUCCUGGCAGUCUUGGGGACCAUAUGGAAUGGAAUGCUGGGCAAGGCAAGCACCCGACCUGCUGUAUUAUCUCUUGGGCCCCUGUACUUUUUUUUUUCUUUUUGGGUCACACCUGACAAUACACAGGGGUUACUCCUGGCUCUGCACUCAGGAGUUACUCCUGGCGAUGCUCGGGGCACCGCAUGGGAUGCUGGGAAUUGAACUUGGGUCAGAUCAUGUGCAAAGCAAACACCCUACCUGCUGUGUUAUCACUCCAGCACCCCCCCACCCGUACUUUCUUAAAUACCAUGAGUUAUACUUUUUAUUUUCAAAAUUAGAAAUUUCUUAACAAUAUGUUUUAAGAACUAGUACUUUUUUUGGUUUUAUACUGUUUUGUUUGCGCUAUCAGCUUAAUUAAAAUUUUGGCUAUUCAUUUCAGAUUUUACAUCAUUAUUAAGCUCUACUUGAACUUUAUUUUUAAUAGUUUUGUUAUGAAGAUGAACAUUCCUGAUUUUUAUUUCAUGUAUGGAAAAGCCUUGCUAUUUUAGAUUUUGAAAAUCAUGAGAAACUUAAUUUGAUAUAAAAGUUUGCAUUCUACUCAGGAAAAAAUUUCACUUUAGAGUGUAUGUUCUCACUGUAAAUUUACCCUUGUAUACAGAAAGCUCUUAGUUGAUUAUACAAUGUGGGUAUAUACUGUGUGUUUUAGAAUCAUAACAUUCUUCUGUUUUUGAAGAUAGAGUACAUCUCUACUGUACUAUCUAUUGUGUGGUGUUUUACAGGUGGGAAUAAUCAAGAGAAGAUAUUUAGGAUAUUUUCUUCCUUAAAGAGUUAGAACUGAAUUUUAAUCUUAGUGGUAGAUUGACAGUAGAGAAAUGUAGUUAGGGGGAAACCAUAAACAUUUAGAAUGAGUUGAUCACCUGUUUAUUAUGUAGUCAGCAAUUUCUGUACAGCCCCCUUUUGUCCUGAUCCUACUGUGUGAAUCCAUUAGACUUAGAAUAUAAUGUUGUAUAGCAAUUUUCUUUUAAAUUUUAAUUUUCUUUUUAGAAUAUUAAAUAUCCAACCGUUGAAUGGUUUGGAUGUGUAUUAAGUUUAGAAUGCUUUAAAAAUGUAUUCGAAGCACAAAAUAAACUUUUCUAAGCGCUUCACUGAA